AUGGCGGCGGCGGCGGCUACGGCGGCGACGGCAGCAGCAGACGCCGAUAGUCUGCGCGCAGCCCUGGAGGCGGCGACGGUGGCGCCGGAGCGAGGCGGCGGGAGCUGCGUGCUGUGCUGCGGAGAUCUGGAGGCCACGGCGCUGGGCCGCUGUGACCACCCGGUGUGCUACCGCUGCUCCACCAAGAUGCGGGUGCUGUGCGAACAGCGAUAUUGCGCCGUGUGCCGCGAGGAGCUGCGCCAGGUGGUCUUUGGGAAGAAGCUUCCUGCCUUUGCUACAAUCCCCAUUCACCAGCUGCAGCAUGAGAAGAAGUAUGAUAUCUACUUUGCUGAUGGGAAAGUGUUUGCCUUGUAUAGGCAGCUGCUGCAGCACGAGUGCCCAAAGUGCCCUGCACUGCCACCUUUCGUCCUCUUCGGGGACCUGGAGCAGCACAUGAGGAAACAGCAUGAGCUCUUCUGCUGCAAGCUGUGCCUCAAACACCUCAAGAUCUUCACGUAUGAGCGCAAGUGGUACUCACGCAAGGACCUGGCGCGGCACCGCAUGCAGGGAGACCCUGAUGAUACGUCGCACCGUGGGCACCCACUCUGCAAGUUCUGUGAUGAGCGUUACCUGGAUAAUGAUGAGCUGCUAAAGCACCUGCGUCGAGACCACUACUUCUGCCACUUCUGUGAUUCAGAUGGGGCCCAAGACUACUACAGCGACUAUGCUUAUCUGCGUGAGCACUUCCGGGAGAAGCACUUCUUGUGCGAGGAGGGCCGCUGCAGUACCGAGCAGUUCACCCAUGCCUUCCGCACCGAGAUUGACCUUAAGGCCCACAAGACAGCCUGUCACAGUCGGAGCCGUGCUGAGGCCCGCCAGAACCGCCAGAUCGACCUGCAGUUUAGCUACACACCACGACACUCACGCCGGAAUGAAGGGAUCGUCAGUGGCGAGGACUAUGAGGAGGUGGACAGGUAUAACCGUCAAGGCCGAGCAGGCCGGGCCAGUGGCCGUGGAGCCCAGCAGAGUCGCCGAGGAAGCUGGAGGUACAAGAGGGAAGAAGAGGAUCGAGAAGUGGCAGCUGCCAUCCGGGCCUCGGUGGCCACGCAGCACCAGCAGGAGACGCACAGGAGCGAGGACCGGGAAGAGGGCAGCAGGCUCAAGAAAGAGGAGGCAGGGAUAUGGGGAGCUGAGGAGCCUCGGGGGCCCCGGCGCCUGCUCCGGACUCAGGGUGAAGGCCCAGGCCCCAAAGAAGCUUCAACAAACGGUCCUGUAAGCCAAGAGGCCUUCCCAGCCACAAACCCAGCUGCAGGGGCCACACUUCUGAGCACCCUCCCGCCCCCCACUUCGAAGCUCAAGGAUGAAGAUUUCCCCAGUCUCUGCACCUCUACUUCCUCCUCCUGCUCCACGGCAGCAGCCCUGGGCCCUGUGGGGCUGGCACUGGUAUACCCAGUUCCCACCAGGGGCAGGAGCACCUUCCAGGAGGAUGACUUCCCUGCCCUGGUGUCCUCCACCUCUAAGCCCAGCACAGCCCCCACCAGCCUCAUCUCUGCCUGGAAUAGCAGCAGCAGCAGCAAGAAGGUGGUGCAACCCACCCCAGGGGCCCAGGCUGCUGGUGGGGGCAGUCAGCCCCCCAGGAAGGCUGGGAAGGGGGGUAAGGGCAGCAAGAAGGGUGGGCCACCCACCACGGAGGAGGAGGAAGAGGAGGAUAGCCACACUGGCCUCACCACCCAGGAGCUGCGGAGUGUGCCCACAACGGUCGCUGUCUCCUCCCUGCUGGCAUUGGCCUCCACCCAGACCUUCACCAAAGUUGGCAAGAAGAAGAAGGUGGGCUCCGAGAAGCUGGGUGCCACAUCACCCCUGCCACUGCCACUACCCCCUGAAAAAGUUGGGCCCCCUGGGGCUGAGCAGGCCCAUCUGGCUCCCACUGGCAGAGCUGAGGGGCCAGUCACUGUCAUCGUCAAUGGACACACAGAGGGGCCGGCCCCUGCUCGGAGUGUCCCCAAGGAACCCCCUGGGCUCCCGCGGCCGCUGGGGCCCCUCCCCUGCCCCACACCCCAGGAAGACUUCCCAGCACUCGGCGGCCCCUGCCCACCCAGGAUGCCCCCUCCCCCAGGCUUCAGCACUGUGGUGCUCCUGAAGGGCACUCCGCCCCCACCUCCGCCAGGUCUGGUGCCCCCAAUCAGCAAGCCGCCCCCUGGCUUCUCCGGCCUGCCUAGCCCCCACCCAGCUUGUGUCCCCAGCACUACCACCACCACAAAAGCACCCAGGCUGACACCAGUGCCCCGGGCCUACCUGGUCCCUGAGAACUUCCGGGAGAGGAACCUACAGCUCAUCCAGUCCAUCAAGGACUUCCUGCAGAGUGAUGAAACCCGCUUCAGCGAGUUCAAGAGUCACUCGGGGGAGUUUAGACAGGGCAUGAUCUCCGCAGCCCAGUAUUAUAAAAGCUGCCGAGACCUGCUUGGGGAGAACUUCCAGAAGAUAUUCAAUGAGCUGCUGGUGCUCCUGCCUGACACAGCCAAGCAACAGGAGCUUCUGUCUGCACACACGGACUUCCGAGGCCAAGAGAGGCUUCCCAGCACCAAGUCAAAGAAGAACAAGAGGAGUGCAUGGCAGGCCAGCACCCAGCAGGCGGGCCUGGACUGCUGUGUGUGCCCUACCUGCCAGCAGGUACUUGCAAAUGGUGACGUCAGCAGCCACCAGGCUCUGCACACUGCCCAGGAUGAUGACUUCCCCUCCCUGCAAGCUGUUGCCAGGACCCUCACAUAGCUUCCGCCAUGUGGGCAGGAGCUGGCCACACCUGUGAGCCUCCUUUGUCCCUCUUCCUCCUCCUCCUGGGUUGCCAGGCAGCCAGGUAAGGCCCUGGUGAGGCCGUCUGCUCAGGCCCUUUGCUUGAUCGGCCCACCAGGAGUCACAAGGACAGCCCACUUAACCAUGUCAGCACAGUUAGGCAGGAGUCCAUCUGGUUUCCUCCUGGGAACUGGGCAGAUACCCCUGCCUAGUGGUGGGCCAGUCUUGGUUUGUAUCUAAUGAUUUUGGAAGCUGCCACAGGAGGGAAGGGCUGGGCUGCCGGGACUUGUCCAUGCUGUCAGAGCUAGUGGCCACAGCAGCCCAAUCUGGGACCUCUAGAGCCUGAGGGCUGCAGCACCAUGGCCCCCAAGCCUGAAGCUGUGGGUCCACUGGUGCGCUGGAGUAAGGUAUUGAGUGUGUUGUGUAAACAGUUGGCUGUUUCAUGAUUCAAGAAUAUUCAGGAUUAAAAGCAGACACAAAAUUGUGCUACUUGAAGUUAAAUCUUUCUACGAGACAAGCUGAAUCUGGGCUCUCAGAUUGCC